CACGUGACUUUUUCCUCACACCAAGGUCUUUCACCAUCCCAUCAGAACAACAUCCACAAGCAUACUUCAAACACACUCCCCUACUAAAAGAACAUGGCCAAGGGCGCGAAAGCCCCCAAGGGCAAGAAGAUCACCUUCAACGUGGCCAAGAAUUGCAUCAAAAUCACGUUCGAUGGGAAAAAACGACUUGACUUGAGCAAGAUGGGAAUCACCACCUUCCCUAAGUGUAUUCUGCGGCUCAAUGAUGUGGACGAGCUCGACCUCAGCCGGAACAUGAUCAGGAAGAUCCCUGACUCCAUCUCCAAGUUCCAGAACCUCCGGUGGCUGGACCUGCACAGCAACUACAUCGACAAGCUGCCCGAGUCCAUCGGCCAGAUGACCAGCCUGCUCUUCCUCAACGUCAGCAACAACAAGCUGACCACCAACGGCCUGCCCGUGGAGCUGAACCAGCUCAAGAACAUCCGCACGGUGAAUCUGGGCUUGAACCACCUGGACAGCGUGCCCACCACGCUGGGUGCCCUGAAGGAGCUGCACGAGGUGGGGCUCAACGACAACCUGCUCAACAGCAUCCCUGUGAGCAUCUCCAAACUCCCCAAGCUGAAAAAGCUCAACACAAAGCGGAACCCCUUUCCAAAGCCAGACGAAUCGAACACAUUCAUAGAUUCCAUCAAAAGGCUGGAGAACUUAUAUCUGGUGGAGGAGAAGGAUCUGUGUCCGGCUUGCCUGAAAAAAUGCCAAUGUGCCCGGGACAAGCUGAAUAAGAUCAAGAACACGGCCUUGAUGACACCGAGAAAGGCCAUCUUUUCCAACCUGGUCUCACCCAACUUCAUGGCCAAGGAAUCCCAGGAAGAGUGGAGGUGACGCGGUCCCAACCCCGAGGCAGGAGGGGAAGGAGGAGGGAGGGAAGAGGGAAGGGGGCUGCACCCACAAGAGAUUGAAGGCCCCCUUGUGACUGUGACAGCUCUUCCAGUCAAGCCCAUAAAACACCUUUCCCUGCUU